UCAGUGGAUGGUGUUGAGGUGUUCCAGCAUGGAAAGGGCACAGAGGUGUCCGUACGUGCCAAACCCACCCGCCCAGUCGUGUCCGGGCCCGACGGCAGAGCGGAGCCGGAGCGAUCGGUGCCUUUCACCUGCACGUCUGGAGGGUUCUUCCCCGAUGACAUUGACGUGAAAUGGUUCAAGAACAGGGCCCAAGUCUUGGCUCAGCAGACCCAGAUCGACCCUGAGAGGACAAAAUCCUCCUAUAACAUGUCCAGCACCGUGAUGGUGACACUGCAGGAGAACGAUGUCCGCUCGGAGCUCAUCUGUGAGGUGCGGCACUCCACGCUGACGGUCCCGCUCUUGGGGACGUACCGGCUCAGCAAAGCCCUGCGAGUUCCCCCUAAAGUCCAUGUGGAUGCUGACUCACCAAGACCCAUUGAAGUGAACAAGACCGUGAACUUCACCUGCCACGUGAAGGGGUUUUACCCAGGAGAUGUGGCUGUCACCUGGCUGGAGAACGGGAUGGAGAUGAACGUGAAGAACAUCUCCCGGCUGGAGGAGACCUCCCGGGGCUUGUUCGACCUGAAGAGCCUGGUGGAGGUCGAGGCAACGGAGGAGAAGAACGGGACUGUGUUCACCUGCCGAGUGGUGCACGAUGCCCAGGAGCCCAUCAGCAAGGUGAUCACCCUGCAGAUUGCUGCCCCAGCCAAGGAGGGACCGAGCGACUCGUCCUUCACAGAGAAAGAAAAUUUGCUCAUCUAUAGUGUGGUGGGAGUGGUCUGCACCGUGCUGGCACUGCUGGUGGCUGCGAUUCUUUACCUCAUCCACGCAAAGCAGAGCAAGGGUAAAAGCUCACCAUCUGCGAGGUUACACGAGCCAGAGAAGAGCAGCGAGGCCACUACCCAGGAAUCCGAACCCAACAACGUGACCUAUGCAGACCUGAACUUCGACAGAGAGAGGAAGACCAUCCGGCGGAUGGUGGAGAUGAGCCAGCAGUCGGAGUACGCCUGCAUCCAGACCAACAAGGCACCCGCCACCGGCGACGACAACCUCACCUACGCCGACCUGGACAUGGUGCACCUCAGCAAGGCACCCAGGCGGCCGGCCCCACGCCCCGAGGAAGCCAGCUCUGAGUACGCCAGCGUCCAGAUCCCGAGGAAGUGA